AUGAUCUGCUCCAGCUGUCGGCUGACACUCCUCACCCGCCUCCGAUUCCCUCAGUCCUCAUAUUCCGCCAGUCUUCGAUAUGCGUCCACAGUGCCUGCUACACCCAAUGCGGGCCCAAUCCAAGCGCCCCCUUCCAUUGCGGUGGACGGCGCGAACCCAACACAGUCGCCUGGCUCUGCUAGCCCUUCUCAGCCCCUCUCUGAAUCGAAGACGCCCUCGACCUCGGCCGGAUCAAAAGAAUCAAAGAAGUCGGCAAAAGUCAAGAGCUCCGUCCCCGGUGGACAGAUCCUGAGGGGACUGGGGUACACCAAGGCGCAGCCAGAGCUCCUGGCCAAAGAGGACCACGAGUACCCCGAUUGGCUGUGGACGUUGCUGGAUGACAACAAGAUGGCUACAGGAGGCACGAAGCUGGAUUUAUCAGCAAUGACCAAGAAGCAACGGGCUCGAUAUGAUCGCCAACAAGAAAAACUCCAGAAGGACGUCCCUGUCACCAUCCCACCUCAUGAGCAAAGUACAGAUUUGACCGCCCCUGACGAAGACGCCGUCACCAGUCUACAGCGCCGACAUGAGAUCACAAAGAGCGCCCGGGCGGCGAGGAGGAGAAAUAUCCGCGAGAGCAAUUUCUUGAAAUCCAUGUAA